UCAAAAGCCCUACAUUCACAGGUUUUUCUCGCUCCUCUCUCUUCCAUCUGACUCGUUAAUGCCUUCGAGCCUGUACGGGCUUUGAGCCUCUUUCAAGCAUUUAGAAUCGAUUAAUAUCGGGCAAAAACAUGCGCAGUUCAUGGAGUAUUUUGUGAAGCAAGGCAGAGUCUCAAAGGGGAUCUCUGGUUAAUGUCUUCUCAUCCAUGGCUAUUCGCUUUCUCUGAAAUCUUCUCUGUUCCCAAUGUUUCUGAGAACUUGGCAGUUUUGAGAAGCCUUUUUUAUCUCGGAUCAAAUUCCCCCUUCAAGUUUAAAAGAAGAUAACAAUAAAAUGGAGGCAUUGGGGUGGUGGCUGAUGCUUGUUGGCGCUCUUCGCUUAGCCUCUGUUUGGUUCGGCUUCUUUAACUUAUGGGCUCUCACGCGCGGUGUCUACUCUCUCUCCUCAAUGACUGAAGUUCAUGGAAGGACAUUUGGAGUGUGGACGCUUUUGAUGUGCACUCUCUGCUUUCUCUGUGCAUUCAACCUUGACAAUGGGUCCCUUUACACUGCCACUUUUCUUUCAUUCGUCUAUGCGCUGGGUCACUUCCUGAGUGAAUACUUUAUAUACCAUACAAUGGCUAUCACUAAUUUGACCACUGUUAGCUUUUUUGCUGGUACAUCAAUUAUUUGGAUGCUUACGUACGCAGUGGGGUAGUUUUCAACAUCAUAGGAUCUUGAAGCAAGAUUGAGUUUCCUGCUUUCUGCUGGCCAGAUCGUCCCAAACAGGCCUAUCCACCGAUUUGGAUCGUCGAUCUGCCAAUUUGGACCGCUUCCUUGGACAACCGAUUUACUCGGCUGAUCCAGGUUUUUAAACACUGGUUUCAAGUACUUGAUUCUAGACAAGGCAUUUAAAUUACCCUCAUGUUUUACUAUUCUUUUAUGUACAGCUGCCACUGCACUAGUGCUAUCUUAAUCAAGUAUGUGGUAAACAUAAAAGAGACUGUAACAGAUUAACAGAAUGCUUGACUUUCAGAUAUUACACUCCCAAGAUUUUAUAGAUGAAUGUUUGCUUGUUUCAGGCUCUAUUCUAAGUUAUCAUGUCAUCAGUGAUAAAACUGCCUCUCUUGAUGUCCAGAUUAUGUAUCAUGGUGUUCCUUUUGUUAUGUUUAUCUUUUUUGUGCUAGUUUAAGAAAAGGUUAUAUGUUAUCUGAAUUGUAACUGGCAGCGUAACCGUAUUGAGAUUUCCUUAGGGUCCCAAGUAUAUAUGAUUCCAAUUUUCAAGCUCAAUGAUUCCAUAUAUACGACUUUGAAUGAAAUAACUCAGCUUAUGAUACACAUAUGUACUUAAAACAUACUUUUGCAAAUGAGACAUUUGACAAGAGGAUUUCUGGAAUUUUAAGAGCCUAACCUCAAUGUUUGCAGGAAUGCAGUGGUCUUGAGCCUUCAGCCAUAGAUCUCCUGGGGUUUCUUAGAUUGCUCUCGGUUUCCUGCGGCUUUCUUUUAGUAGAUUAGCCUCAACAAUAGAUUAAUCUAACAUGGGUCCGCAUCUGUUUGAUUAAUCUAACAUGGAUCAGCUAGAUUGGUCAAUAGUAGAAAUUGCAUUUGGUUGACAACAUGUCAAAACUAACAUUUAAAUGAAUUUGGCUUGGCGAGUUGUUGGUUUUGUUUGGUUGGACUAAUUAAAUAUACAUGAUAGUAUUUUGGAAAAUUUAUGUUGGGACUGGGAAAGAUGCGACAUUAUUUAUUCAUAUUUUGAGGUAUAUUACUGUGAAGUCCUAUUUUUUCUAGUUUUUUCUGUUCCUAUUUUACCCCCGUUAGAAAG